AAAACAACGAACAACACAAAGUUUGCGUGUUCGAAAAGACAAAUUCGCAAAGGGCUGCGUGUCAAAAUUGAACAGAUUUGUGGCCAGACGCAGACACAGCUCAGUCGAUUGGCCUUUUAAUUUAACACACAGUAAAAAGUGACUAAUAAAUAUGGUUAAAUGUGAAACGACGAAGCCUAGAUACUCUAGCAUAUCAGAUCUCUAAGAUCAGAAUAGAUUGUUACACCGUUGCUAACUAUAAUUCGACAAAACUAUAUAUCGUAUAUAUACUCAACAAAAAAUCAUUAUAGUUUUAUGUUCAAAUUGUAAAGUUUUUGAAGACCGAGAACUGUGCUAGCUUUUACUUAAUUGUCGAAAUCGUUAAUACUUUUAUUACUUCAGCUUGGUUAUGUUUAAGGUAAAUUUAAAGAACUUGUUGCAGUUGUCCCUGUCGACAGAGGGUCCAAUGCUGCGACACAAGCGCAUCAAGUGUGGCAAAGAGAGCUAUAUGCUCUGUUAUGUGCUGCAGGAUGGUUACCUGAAGAUACGGCAGGCGAAGAGCAUGCGAAGAGGUCGGCGCUCCAAGGGUCUACUGCGGCAGUCUAGCAAAAAGGCGAGUACGAAGCGCGUCUGUGAUGCUAACAGUCAGACGACCAUUGGCUCAAUGGAGGAGCUGAUGACAAGGGACACAUAUAUUCAGACAACUGUGGUACAGUACUCGCAUUGCUCUGUGGAUACGUUGGAUCUUAGUCUCAUGGUAUCCAGGCAACAGCAGACGACUAUACGAGUCUUCAACUUCGCCAGUUGCCAAACGAAGAAGCUCAAAAUGGAGAUGCGUUCCACACAGGUGGAGCUGAAGCUGAAGUCCAGGUUGACACAGACACUAGUGAUGCCUAUUGCGAGGAGCAUCGCAGGUACUCAGACGACGCUCGGAACGGGCCGACAAGCAAGCUAUGCGCAGACGGACAUCUCCAGCCUGUCGGCAGAGGAGGAGCAGGAGCAGGAGGAGCUAAAGGAGCGUAUAGUUAAUUUGCUAUUGCGAUCUAUGAACAGUCAGAGUAAUCUGUUGCUUAAAAGCGUCGAGUCCCUCAAUCAGCUGCUAGAGUUCAAGCAGUUGGAGUUGCAGAAGCAAAAACUGGAGAAGGAACGGGAGGCAGCCAAGCAGGCGGAGCUGGUCAAGCUGAAGCAGAGACAUCCGAAAAAAGCUAGCAAACGGUUACAUUGCCCCAAGUUCAGGAUCUGGGCCAAGCCAGCAUCCAAGCCCAAUACGCUGACACAGAAGCAGGCACACGUCCAAACACAGCGACUAAGCAUAAUAUCCAGCGGCACGCAAACGGAGCUCUUGAGGGAGAUGCCAUUGGUUCGCUUGGCUGAGGCAGCCACGCAAACUGACCGCGUGAAAGGACUCUCUUGGCUGCGCUUAAGCAGCUGAAGCUGUCUGUAUAUAAAUAGGCCUAUACAUACAUAUUUACUUACCAUAUCCAGCGCCAGUUGUUAGCAGACUUUAUUGUUGUUAUUUUUGUUGUGAUUGUUUUUGCUCGCGUUGCACUCAUUGUGAUUAACAUAAAAAUGUUGUUGUUGUACUUGAA